GCAAGGUUUAAACGUUAGGUCCUUUUGAAAUGUGCCCGCCCUUUCGUUUCAACGACCUUGAACGGCUUGACUAGAGGCGGUCAUUCCGUAUUUCAAUUGCCGUGGGUUGGUUGGAUUGCAUGAGUACCAGGUUUUUUCAUAUAUAAGUCAUGUUAUGCUACAUAAAAAAGCACGAAAUAAAUACCAAAACCAUUAAUUUAGCGUUCUCUGUUUUGUAGUGUACACGUUGGCUCUGUUGUUGCUUUGUAAUUUGAUCUUUGAUCCCAACAACUGUAGUAAAGCUCAACGAAAUGUCAAGUCACAGGUAAAUCCUAAGUAUUUGUAGUAUUUUCUUGGGUUAUUAUUGUCGCAAGGAAUAACCUUUUAAUAAUUAGUCAUUUCUGUUUUUAGUGCUUCAUGCUCAAGUGACAUUUCAGUCGACCUAACUGAUGCCUUUCGAAGUAUGAUACUGAACAAGCGUUUCGUCUUGUGGGAUGAUUUUGAAAGCGCCUUAAAAGAGUUCCAAAAAGUAUGGAAUUAUAAUUUUAUCGCUUCUCAGACUACUUAUACUCGUUACAUCCACACAGAAAGCAGAUUGCUGAAGGAUGUCAGGUUCAAAAACCUGUUUGUAUCGUUUAAUUGUACGUUUGCUCAUAAGAGGAAAUCGGAAGGUUUGAAAGUGAGGCAAAAAUCGUCUAAAUUCCGUAAUUGUCGAUCUAAAUUUCGUGUAAGACUAGAGGAGCAAGGAUAUGUCAUCAAAUCCUACAACAUGCUCCACAAUCAUCCAUGUAGUAGUUCAUGGAUGGUAUGUGAUUCAUUGACAAGGAGAUUAUCGUCAGAAGAAAAAGAGAACUUGAAGCCCGUAAUACCUCACUGUGAGUCAGCAGAUGAAGUUAUCGAAGAUCAAGUGAUAGCCGCAAGAUCUUAUAAAUAUAAUGCUCCACAGCGUCUUACACCCCUGCUAAACAUUUUGACCCCAUUCGCUAGAUCUAAAUUGUUAUACGAACUUAAACAAAUGCGUUUUGUCUACGUGGAAUAUGAAAGCGGUGAUUGGUUGUUUAUGGUUGAUCGCGGACAACAUUAUGAAGUUGAUAUAAGCAUUUGUCAAUGCAAUUGUAGCACGUUUAUGAUGUGCCGAUAUCCCUGCCGUCACAUGCUACUUGCCUACGUUAAAAGACGAAAUCUUACAGGUAAGCUAUAUCAAUUAUGAAAUACUAACUGCAUAGCUCAUCAACUUCUUAGGUAUUGUAGCAGAUGGAAGUUACAUAAUACCCAGAACUUCCAAAAUUAUACAUUAACUGCAUUAACACGACGGAGUGAAGUGUAUAUAAGUAUUCAUCGAAGUCAAAGAAUCCAUAAGCAACGCAUCAUUGAGAAGUAUGGUGAACGUUUCGCAACGGAAGUUGAGAAGAAGGUGGACAAUUAUUACUUAAGAAUUCUUAAUACCAACUUGUAAACUUGAUUUUCUGCUUUAGCAGCAAUGAUUAUUCAAUAAACUGUCAUAAUUUU